UUAUUGGCGGAAUUUACAGUGCUAGUCACACAACUCACACACAGUCAGAGAGCCACAAUGGCCACAAAAACAAAAAUGAGGUUAAAAUUUGUUGUUGAUGCAAUCUAUUUUCAGUUUUUCGAGUAGAUUUCUUGUGUUUCAUGCUUUCUUAUAUUGCAGAGAAGUAUUAAUACAUAACACAAUAUUUGUUUCUUAUUUAGUUAAUUAAUAAUAAUUCCAUCAAGAAUGGAAGUUUCUACUGAAAAGUCUCCUGUGAAACGAAAUGGUUACGUUAAAAACAAUGUACCCAAAGAAAUCAAGACAGUAUGUUUGAAUUGGGCCGAUAACAUUACUGCUAUUGAUAUUAGUAACCAAAACAUAACUUAUUUCGACGACAACAUGAGUUUACCACCGAAAUUGGAAACUCUUAACUUGAGCCGCAACAACAUGCAAACUAUACCCGAUAUUCUUCUGGAUCAUAGACAUCUGAAGGAAUUAGAUAUUUCUUUCAAUAACAUAGAAUUUUUUGAUGAUACACCGGAGUUCUGCAAUACUAUUGAGCGCCUAAAUUUAGCCAAUAACAGCCUCCGAGGCCCUCCGUGCUGGGUGUGGAGCGAGGCCCCGGCCAACCUCCACUACUUAAACCUAAGCAAUAAUUUCCGAAUCACCGAAUCCUUCAAAAAUGGGUAUUAUGAAGAGUUGCUGACAUACGCCACGCAAGUCCGGCACAUCGCCAUAAGUAAUUGUAAAUUAGGACUCUUCGUCAAUCUCCUUUCAACCUUUCCAAAGGCUGAGUUUAUAGAAGCUGGAACUACAAAAUCCAGUUUUGCUUCCAACUUUAUAGAAAAUGUUCCUGGAAAAGGACUUGAAAAGUGCUGUGAUAUAGAAAGACUGUGCUUAAGUAAUACAAAAUUAUACAAUGUUAUGCCUAAUAUAGAUAUUUACAAGAAGCUUCGAGAGAUAGAUUUAAGUAUGAACAAUAUUAGAGAUUUGCCAAGAGAAUUCUGCAACUUGGAGAAACUGGAAAUAUGUGUGCUGUCUGAUAAUAACUUGCUGUACCUUCCAGAAUCCUUUGACAAACUAGUUGAGUUAAAGUUUCUAUACUUAGCUCAUAAUGAACUCUGUAUGUUACCGGAUGAAUUGAAGAGCUUACCGAAGCUGCAGCUGCUAGAUCUUUACAAUAACAAUCUGUACGAGAUUCACAAUGAACUUUGGGAGAUACCAGCAUUAGAUGUGGCUCAAAAUUACUUUGAUGAACCAGAAGAUAAAAAAUAUUUAGAUAGCAAAAUUGAAUUGAGAUCACAUAGAGAAUUUUCGGAUCGGACUGAUGGAAGAAAACAUGAAAUAAUAAGAAGUGAAAGUGAACAUUCCCCAGACACUUCAGACGACGACCUGCUGGACACAGUCCACAGUGAUGAUGAAGACACAAAAUCCAAGCUGGCGCCAUCGACAUCAGACGAAGAAGACUGGGACUCGGCCGAAUACUGGGAGCCCCACCCCAUCAGGCGGUCAGGGCCGGCGCCCUCCCCCUGGCUCCACUUCAUACACCAGAAGAUGGCUGAAGGGAACUUCUGUCCCAUGGACCUCCACACGGUGCCCGUGAUAGAGCAAGUGAGAUACGAACAAAUGUGCAAUCCGAAGGUGAAGUACUUCGUGGAAGGACAGUUCGAUGAUAUAACUGAUGAUGAUAGCUGAUGUUUGUGUUGGUUUAGUUUAAGCGUAAUUCAAUUUGUUAUGUUUUAGGUAAGUAUUAUUUUUUGUUAUAUGCUUGAGUAUUAGUCUCAUAUUCAUAAUGUUUUGAGAAUUUAAGUCUGCACCUCCAGUAGGCAAACUGUUUGCCACCGACUGAGUCACAGAGUAGGUAAUAUAGUUAAGUUACCGGCGCGGCGUAUCGGUUUAGUAUGCGGUGUUUACAUUUUGCUAUUUUCACGCUAACACCACGCAGUUAGCUUCGUUACGCGCGCCUUGUAACAGGCGGAUAAGUUUGUAGGCAAACUUAUCCGCCUGUUACAAGGGAGUGCAGCCUAAGCAUAAUUCACUUUAUCUGUUACGGUAUUGUUUAUUUUUCUAUUGUGUCCACUACCCGCAUGUAAUGUAUGUUUAGUUUUAUCCGAUGUGAGAUGGGACAAUCUGAAAUCCAGCGCUGUAACGUUGGCCACAACUUACAGCAGAUGCUGAGAUUGUUCCAUUUUGCCAUUUUUUCAUUCAAUUGUAUAUUUUUAAAUUUUAUUGCAUGUUUUUUUGUAGUAAUUUUCUUAUUGUAAUGAUAUGAUUAGGUGUAUAUUUUUGUAAUCAUUUUUUAUUGUAUAUCCGAUGGAGUUGUCACACGAAUACUAUAAGUAUAAGAUAUCGACUUUCAUUCGAGAGGCUGUAGGUUCGAAUCGCGCCAUGUAGCAAUGAAUUCUUUAGAAAUAAGGAAUACCAGUACAAUUAAUACCACGUGCUCUUAUGCUGAAGUAAAACAUAGUGAGAAAACCUCUGCACAUCUAGAUGUGUGAACCCUCCAACCCAAAGUGGACCAGAAGCAUGGUGGGAAAUGGCCCAAGCCUAGGGAAGCAGUUAAGACCUUAAGGUGCUAUAGCUAUUACAAUACAAAGGUUCCAUUCGAGAGAUCCAUGUGCAGGUACUUACACCCCCAUAAAGAUAAAAAUGGAUUAAGCAAGUCAUUUUUAUACCUAGUAAGACGAACCUACCUACAUAAAACAAUUUUAAGGCUAGUUAUGUUAAUAAAAACCCAAGUUUCAGGAUAAAAUACGUUUAUUUCUUAGAAUUUGUCAAAUAUUAUCAGACAUCGGUUUUGUUACAACCAUACAUGCAUACAGGACAUUCCCGAGGGAUCGCCAUUUUAAUUUCCACAACAAAUUCAAUAAAAUAAGUGGCUAUACUACAUACAACACUCACCAAUAUAGUCCAGUUUUGCAUGUAUGUACUUUAAAUACAUUUUCUUCCACACUCCUCAACGCCACCGAUUAUAGAGAACGGGAUUUUGAGGAGGAGACGUGGGGAAACAUACGUAACUGUCAUACUUAGUAUGCUUUUACUGAACAGUAAAUUCGGCAUAACUUUAAUCAAGACAUUUUUAAUGCCUUACAGUUAAACAGUUUUAAAAAGUCACAAAGAUCUAUGUUUUUACACACUUCAUACAUUUUUAUAGAGGCAUUGGCCAAGGAAACGAAACUUUCGCAAACAAAAUUAAACAAAAACAAACAAUGUGCCUUCUUUGAGAUAAAACAAGAUUCGGUUUCUUUGCCAGGCCUUUCUUUGUCUGACAUGAUAACGACUGUGUUAGAAAACUAUGGGCAUGUUAUACGAAAAUAAACGAUGUAAGCCAUUUAAUAUAAAUAGCAAACGAAACUAAAAUUGUUCAUGAGUGCUUGAACUUAACUUUGGCCAAAAUGUAUAACUUUCUAGAUAUUGUAUAAACAUUACUGUGAACACUUGACAACGUAUGAGCCACAGCAAAGUCAUACCUAGAGUUCAUUAGCAAUUAGAACAUAGUUGACGGUCGAUCGAAUUCAUACAAAAACACCAAAUGUAUAUGAACUGUCCACUAUACUCUAAUCGCUAAUGAACUAUAUCUUUAGAACUGUGAAGCUUAGUUUAUAAGAACAAUUCCGUCCCACUCAGCUAUGGAGUAAAGUCUUAGUAAAGUGAAAAGAUAUCCAAGAGUCGCCAACUGUCGAGACAAAUCUCCUAAUACAUGUGCUCAAAGACAUAGCAAAUACUAUAUUUUAGCCUCUCGCUAACAAAUACACAAAUAUCAUUAAAUGCUAAAUAAAGAAACUAACUACAAGUGC